AGAUCCAUCGGCGUUCCUUUCCACCGUAGCGCCAUGGCGUUUGUUUUCCUGAGCCCUUGGCAACCUUGGGGCCCCAUGGCCGCCCCGGCCUGGCCCUCCAGUCCCUCCCGUCCACGGCCCGCGGUGUUUGCGACGCCGCCCGCGGCGUUGGGUCUUGGGCUAGGGCUGUGCCUGGCUGGUGCUGGGGCGAUGCGGAAAAGGGGGACGCAGAUGCGAGCUGAGCCCAAGCAGAAGAGCCGAUUCAGGAAGCUACCCAACGGGAAAUAUGAGAUAGACUUGUCGGUACGAGAGACGGGUACCAGCAACAGCGAUGCUCCUCCUCUGAGUGUUGGGGAGAUUAAGCACUUGCAAGUUCGACACAAGCAGAUUUCGAGCCUUAACAACUUCAUGCGUCAGAGGCACAAAAGGAGUGGACGCCGUGGGGUGGCACCGCAGAUCACGUACACUGACAGGCCCGACAACCCAUGGAAGGAUCGCUAUUUGAUCUGUGGGGACUGCGAGCGUCGGGCCAACUAUGAGCGCCUCCCGCCCCGGAAGAAUUGCAACAAUUCCACCGUCAUUGAGCUGGACAUGACCGCGCCAUUUUCCCGAGAUAACUGUAUGGUGACCAGUUGCGAAAUUGUGCAGAUGGUCAAGGAAGAUCUCUGGGUUUUGAAGGAUGAGCAUGGAAGAAUCUCUCCAGCCCCUGAAAAGCGUGCCCCUGCUUUUCCUGUGCAGGUGUGUUGCGUGUGCCGCAAGACCACACUGGAAGAGGGUCGUCGCUUCAAGUUCUGCCCCGUGUGCUCGGGUGCUUCAUACUGCAGUGAGAGCUGUUUCGCUCAGCAUAAUUUGAAACACCAGGCUUCCUGCGUCAGACCUCACCUGCCCUACCGUGGUGAGUGGGGCAUCAGAAAGGAACUUCGGCACAUGAGGAAAGAGAUCUAUCCCCUCAUCAACACCUGGGCCAUCCGCGAGCCAGAGGAGCACAGGAUGGCCUGGUUGCCACCACCAGAGCACCAACAGAGGCUGCUUGAUGCGCAAAGGACGCCCAAGAAGGUGAGUUUGCUCAGUGGCGCCCGCAGACGAAAGUUGCUGGCGGCUGAGGGAUUAGCUCGAAGCAGUGUGGAGGAUGGGCAGAUCGUGGUGAGGAAGAAGAACACCUUGGCAUGGCGAAGGCAACGGUCCUUCACCAAGCAGGAGGAGCCGGACCAGCACUUCCUGGACAUGAUUGGCAUGACCAAGGAGGAGUACCUGCAGAAGGACUUGGAAUUAAAAGCAGCUGCCGAGGCAGACGAUGCCGCCCUUAUCACAGUGGAGGAGGUUGAGGAGGAGGCCGAGGAGGACUUGUCCUUACCCCUCGGCACCUUCGGUGGGAAAAAGGUGAGGCCGCGUACCACCCUGCGUGGCAACCACAUCCCGGUGCCUGUGCGGGACGUGCCCAAGGUGGUCCUGGAGGAGUCAGCCAUGGAGCGGGUGGAACAAGCCGUGGCCAGUGGAGAGAUUGUGAACAUCGAUGAGAAGCAGAUGGCGCCCACCAAACCAGUUUGGGAGUUGCCUCGGGAAGGCCAGGCGAAGAAGUUUUGGAGCCCGGUGCCCGAGGAAAAGAAGCGGCCAGGCGUGCAAUACCCGGAAUCUCCCGUCCGCGAGCUGGCCAAGAAGUAUGGCGUCCGCCUCUCCGAGGAAGCGUUGGAGCGCCUGGAGGAAGCUGCUGAAGGAGCAGAGCACAAUCGCCACAGAAUCAGCUGGCAGAAGCCCAUGCUGCAAGAUGACGCUGACGAGAAGUUGCAUAGUGGAUGAGGAUUCCUUUGCUAGAAAACACAUAUGGAGACAUAGGGUGUG